AGUAAAUUAAUAACAUGCCUUUACCAGUUCCAUCAAAUUCAUCUCCGCAUCCCAAUGUCCAUAUGAGACAUGGAUGCAAUUCUCGUAAUGACCGUCACUUCCCAUCCUAUCAUACAAUCUCCAUUUAAUUUAACUUAGUAAUUCCUUUAUGAUCUACUGCCGAUCCAUCUCCAUUGAUGGGAGACCACGACGAGGGUCCUUUUUCUAACCUGAAAGUGACCGUCCUCCUGUUCGGGAUAGGAUCUGCGGCCCUCGUGGUCAGCAUCUACCACUGCAUUGCCAUGGGCUGGUGCCGCUUGCAUUCCAGGGCUUCGGAGCGCGCUGACCGAGCUCCUGCGCCUAGACCGCUCGUGGCUGAGGUUGUAGAGUACCCAAGCAUCGAGAACUCGACAGUCCAGCUGAUCCCGGCCCGUAAGUACCAGAAGGGCGAGAGCCUUGUGGGAGACGACAACACGUGCUCGAUAUGCCUGUGCGAGUUUGAGGAAGGGGAAGAGCUGCGGACACUCCCUGAAUGCGCCCACCCGUUCCACGCGCCGUGCAUCGACAUGUGGCUCUACUCGCAUGCUAGCUGCCCGAUGUGCCGAGCGGAUGCUAGCCCGUCUCCCCUGAUCUUCCCCUCAUCGAAUUCAAACAACCAAGGAGACAAUGUCACUUUGGAACAAGUCCUCGUACACUCCCAACUGUGAAUUACAAUAUUUUCUGCCUUCGGGAUGUUAAUUAGUGUUACCACACGUUUCAAUAACGUCUCAUCAUUGAAUAUCUGAAUAUAUAGUCUCA